AUGCCUGCACAGCAACCCAAAAAGAUUAUCAUCAUCGGCGGGGGCAUAGUGGGAAGCGCUACAGCGUACUUCCUCACCCGCCAUGCCAGCUACGACCCGGAGCUCCAUUCCAUAGUCAUGCUCGAGGCAUCUUCGAUUGCGACAGCAUCGUCGGGCAAGGCUGGCGGCUUUCUCGCUUCCUGGGCAACCCCCAAUUGCCUUGCUCCCCUCAGCUUCAAACUGCACCAGAGUCUGGCCCAACAGCACCAAGGCGACGAGCUGUGGGGAUUUCGCCCCGUCUAUGCCGCUGAAGUCGAGCUGGAAGCCGACGAGACAGAUGCGGACAACCUUCACCUUCCACCUCGGCCCGGAAUAUCAGACGACAGGCCCAGCGACCUGGACUGGCUCCUUCCGGGAAGUGUUAGGGAGUACACUGAGAUUGGCACCCCGAGUGACUCGGCCCAGGUUCACCCCUAUCUUCUCACCAACAAAUUGGCCCAGUUGGCCGAGGCGAGCGGAGUCGCCAUCGUCAUUGGGUCCGCCACCUCGAUAGACUACAGCCCCGACGGCUCGUCUGUUGCGUCGGUGACCUAUAGCAGCCGAGGCGAAACCACUGUACUUGAAGCCACAGACGUCCUCGUUGCUGCUGGUCCGUGGUCAUCCAAACUCCUGCCCCAAGUCAAGCUUCUCGCACCAAAAGGACACAGCAUUGCCAUCCAGCCAUCCAAGGACCCCAUAUCUCCAUACAUCCUGUUCCCCAAGAUUCACGCUGCCAACCCUAUCCUCUCUCCGGAAAUCUAUCCACGCCCGAAAGACACCAUCAACGACUUUGAAACCGUCUACGCGAGCGGGCCCGGCUAUUACGAUGUCCCGCUCCCUGAUCUCGCUGCCCAAGUCACCACGGAGCAGGAAAAGUGCGACGACGUGUGGCAAGCCGUGCGGAACGUCUCCCAAGAGAUCAGGGACGGCAAGAUCAUCAUGUCUCAGGCGUGCUACAAGGCCCAGAUCAGGAAGCACGCAGACGGCGAGGAGGCUGGUCCGGUAGUAGGCCCCAUGCCCGUCACCGGCCUCUGGCUGGCCACUGGCCUCGAUGAAUGGGGCAUUCAGAACGGCCCCGGCGUCGGAUUGGUCAUGAGCGAGUUCAUCUUGGAAGGCAGGACCACGAGCGCCAGUGUUGAGGCGCUCGACCCGAAGCAUUGGAUAUGA